GCAACAGUUUAAAAACGAAACAUUUGGAACAAGAAAACAAGGAAAGAAGAGUCAAUAUACUACAUGUGUAUUCGCAUUCGAGUAAAACCGAAAGCGGUUGAUCCAUAAACAAUAAAUAAAAAAUGAUAAUUUGAAUGUAAACAUUGCUAAAUGUGCAAGCACGACGUUUCUGUUUUCAUAGAUAAUACAAGGACUUAGUGAGAUGAGUUUACCUUCUAAUAAUAGCUGUGGCGAAGAAGACGGGAUUAUAAAAUGCUGUUCGGGAUAUUAUGAGCACGAUAGAAGAUGUAUAGAAUGUUUCGGAGCAUUCGGUAUAAAUUGUUUAGUACCAUGCGAUAAUAAAUCAUUUGGAUAUCAAUGCAAAGGAACAUGUGACUGUCAAGAACAUGAAGUCUGCAAUAGAUACAUUGGUUGUCAAACAAUUUGUGGUAUCAGCACAGAAUAUAAUGACACUUUGCUUCUAUCUGUUGUCGGAUUUGGAGCUGCCUUGCUAUUAAUGGCCUUGAUAUUCAUCGGUAUAAUGUUUUAUAGAUGGCAUAAGAUUUUACAGCACAAACCUAACUCUGCUGAAAAAACAAGUGGGUUUGAAGUGGAUUUCUUGACAGUUCCGAGUAUUCAGGAUACAAUUCAGGAAAAUUACAAUGACAUUCGUGAAUCACAAAUGCUUCUCGACGUCAGAGGAAAGGGCAACAAGGAAACUACAGCAAACAGAAUACACUCAACAGAGUAUAACCAAUUGUUCUGCAAAGAGCGUACACCGAGCACAACAAUGUGUGAGAUGGGUGAACAACAUUACAGUGCAAUCGAUGCACGCUUUAAGAGUAAACAUCCACUCGUAACAUUGUCUGAAUUUCCAGAGGAUGAUUGCUAUGUAAGCCUCUCCCAAAAUGCAAAGAGGAAUAAGCGGAUGUCAAAAUCGUGCUCAGACAUAACUGUUGAUACUUCGGAAGUAUAUAAUAACGUUGGAAUUCAUCAUUACUAUAAUUCCAAAAAGGAUAAAAACAAUGGAAAUAUUUUAAUAGCGCAUCUAUAGUUGUGAAGAUAUAGUUUUAUUGACAAUUGCAAAUACUUGUACAUUGUUUAAACGCAUUCGAUAAGCUUGAUAUUCAACUAACAACCUCGUUGGUUUUAUACUCAAAGCAUUUAUUUAUCUGAAUUUAAUGCAAACAUGAAAACUGGAUGAAAAAAACUUAAUUCUUCGAUCGAAAAAUGUUAUUUUUAAUCACAGUUUUUGAUUUCCGCUAAUAAUUUUUAAAUGAAGUUUACAGAUAGCGCAAUCUUCCUGGUCAUUGUUGGUUAUCUGAGAUCCAACACGUGGUCGUUGUGAAUCUCAACAACAUCUUAAAACCACUCAAGCUCAAUCCUAAAGUAUCAAAAGCACUAGAAAACCCUUGCAAAAUUUCAAACCUUGACAAAAUAUCUUCCCGAUUUCUAGGGCUUUCAGUCAUGAGAGUUUAUUGAUUUUUGAGUUUCUUUUCCUGGUUUCUAGAAGUUGUAUAUAAUGUCAUUGGUCUUGAUAAUGUAUUGGGCUGUUUUUUUUUAAUUGCUAGAUAAAGUACGUGUCUUUUAUGUUGUAUUAAGAUUAACUUAUCAUGUUAAUCUUUUUUUAUUAUACUAAAAAAAUUAAUUGUGAAAAUGGACUCUAUUGUUUUUAAAGUUAGGUAUUGUAUACAAAUUAACUAAUAAUAAGUUAAGCCGUUGUAAAUAGACUUGUUGAAUUAAAAUGAUUUAAACAAAACACUGCACGAAUGAUACAAAAAUACCAACCUAAAAUACUUUGAUUCAUGUUGAUUGCUUUUGCUUAAGUAUAACCUAUUAUUAAUGAAAUGACAAUAAUAAACCGUCAACUAUCUCAAACAUUCAUAUAGCUUAAUACAAAUUCAAAGCAGAGCAACUCUGAAAAGAUAGAGGUAAGACCAAGUGCCUAAGAGGAGUAAGCAUCACCUACCGAACUAUCGCAUCUGCAGUCUGCUCAUUGUCAAAAUCAUGAAAACGGAUGAAACCGUGGUCAGUCAGGUGUACAAAUAAUGGUCUAACAAGUAUGAAAGACGUCAGUCAGCACGUGUCCUAAUGAAUCAUUGUACUUAGUGACAAGUUCAUUGUAUUGACCAUAGAACGUGCCUAAAGAUGAUUUUAAUCGAAAUUUUUGAUUUUCUUGUUCUAACAACUUGUUUGCCUCGUUUAAGAAACUAACGUAUGUAGAUCGUGUUUAUGCAUAACGAAUUAAUGAAUAAAUAAAAGUAAUCUACUCUAUGUUUGGUCACCUAUGCAAGUAAAACGAGUGAAAAUUACACUGCCCAUGUAAAACGUCACCGUCGCAAAUAAGUGAUAUUUUAAUCUAUUUCAAUUUGAUUAUAAAUCAAAAACAUUACAUUUUAGUAUUUUUUUAAAGAUAUCCAAGAUUUGAAAAAUUUUGUAGAAAACCUUAACUAAAUAUUACUGUGACACUGUAAGACGUUAUAAUCUGUGUUAAUGUAAACAUUGUUUCGCAAUAGCCAUUAUCCGAUUAUUUUUUGUUUUUUGGUUAAGUAAUAAGAGAUCAAAUAAAAUAUUGUUUCACUAUUUCAUAGCUGAAGGAUAAAAAUUAAUUCAUAUAUGCAGUCAAUCAAAUCUUGAGUUAAAUUUUAGGUUGUCAUUGUGUUUUAUUGAUAGGACUUGAUGGUUAUUGAUAUAGGAAACAUAAAUCAUUUAAACUUUUAAGUUAUAUCAAAAGAAACAGUAUUGAUCUAGAUUGAAAUAAAAAAGAGGAAACCGAAAUCAGUUUCUUGAUAAACACUUCCUGUGAUAAAUCUUAUAAGAUAGAGAAAUGACAUUUGUUUUUGUUCUCAACUCUCAGAAUGGUUCAAUAUUGGGAAAGAUAACUGUUUAUAUGAACUUGUCACCAAUUUGUGCAACUACAUAUGCACUGUAAAUAUUUUGAUUAUGUCGGUUUUCUAAUAUA